CUUGGCAGCGGAGGCUUCGGGACAGUUUUUCUUGCCCAGUAUCAAAACAUGGCGGUGGCAGUCAAGGAACCUCACAACGCUGCUAGCAUCCACAAAGACGAGUAUAGGAAGCGAGCCUUCUGCAGGGAAGCUGAUCACCUCUACCGGCUCCGGCAUCCUAACAUAGUGAACUUCGUAGGAGCCAUCGUAGAGGACGAGCACCACGAGCCCUGCUACUGCAUUGUGACGGAAGUCCUGCCCUUCACCUUGGAGGCCUACCUGACAGCCAAAGCCACGUCGAGUAUCUCUGUUGGUCAACAAGUGAUCUUCGACCUGGCAACGGGCCUGUCCUACAUGCAUGCGAGCAAGAUCAUACACCGAGACAUCAAGCCGCAGAACGUCAUGGUAGAUGAGCUCGGCAGAGCCAAGUACAUCGACUUCGGCCUCUCCAAGGAGGAAGAGCUAUCCAGACAGACUAGCGCGAGCUACACCAUGGUAGGAACGCAGAGCUGGAUGGCCCCCGAGGUGAAGAAGGGAGAGAAAGCGACCGCAGCGUCGGACGUGUACUCUUUGGGGAUG